CUUGUGGAACAAAACUCUUCUCUUAAAAAAGAAGUUGCCCUUGCUGAACGUAAGCUUAUUGCUCGUAAUGAACGUAUCCAAAGCCUUGAGUCCCUUCUUCAAGACGCUCAAGAGAAAUUGAUUAGUCAAAACCAAAAGUUUGAAGCUCAACUUCAAGCUGUUCGUGAACGACUUGAACAAGCUCGUUCUCAAAAGUCUCAAUCAUCCAUGGCAUUGAACUUUGGUCGUGUAGCUAAACCUCUCCGUGGUGGCGGU